CUUUUUCAACCAAAAAUGUCAGACUACGAAGGCAGCGAGCCCGAGGAUUACGACGAGCAGCCCGAGUACGAUGACCUAGAGCCGGCGGUGUAUGAUACAGAAAUCGUCGAAGGAGUGCGAUCAGAGAUAUUAAACCCAGACGACCACCAACCCGAUAACGAACCUACACAUGGUGCAACCCCCGCUGCCCGCGGACCAGGACCCAUCCCAAAAGACCAACGCCUGACCACCCCUUACAUGACCAAAUACGAAAAAGCCCGCAUCCUCGGCACACGAGCUCUCCAAAUCAGCAUGAGCGCUCCAGUUAUGGUCGAUCUCAAUGGCGAGUCAGACCCACUGGCCAUUGCCAUGAAAGAGUUGAGAGAGCAAAAGAUUCCUUUGAUGGUGCGGAGGUAUUUGCCUGAUGGAAGUUGGGAGGAUUGGUCAGUUGAAGAGUUGAUUUUGCCAGAAUAGCGAAUGUCCGAUCGUUUGUGGAUUGGGAGCGUGGAAAUGUCUUUAGAGGCGUAUCUUGUAUAUGGUCAUUUUUUAAUCUAAUUUUGGGGGCAAGAGGGACGGAGGGACGGAGGGGGCGGGAUCGGCUCCUUCCACUGUAAAUGACACACUUUGAAAACACGACAUGCAUUUGGCAAGUGGCAUUGAACUGUGUUGGCAAGCAGGCGACAAGAAAAAACAAGAAUGCAUCGCUAGUCUGGAUCUAAACGCUGCCCGCUUCUAUUGCAAACCCCUAUCUGCCAUC